AUGGAACCCAUGCGUCGGUCCUUGCGCCGAAGGUGGGGCCUGUCGCCACACAAGGUAGGCGAGCUCAUCGCCAAAGCGACAGCGGACUGGCGGCUGUACAAGAUCGACGUCGAGUUGCACCUGCGGGGGUGCGGGGCUGGUGGGCGUUGGGAGUUGGUCGAGGUGGUGCCCGUGCCAUCCACUUCGCUCCUGGUCCGCCGCGCGUUCCACAGCAACAACACGGGCAAGUGGCACGCGGGCCAACACGGCGCCCCACGACACCCCCUCGAUCCCAGUCGCGCGCCGCGCAGAGGCAACGGCUGUGGAGAGGGAGGAGGCAGCAUACUCUUCGAAGAGUUGCUCGAGAUCGCCAAGCUGGUGCGAAAGCGCGAGUUGGCUCGGCACGAGCUGCGUAUGAGCGGCGGCGAUGAGCCGCAUGAGCGUCGGCGCAAGACCGCCCCGUGCAUCGCGAAGGACAUGCGCGGGACUGUCAAGGAGGUGCUGGGGGUCGUGCACUCCAUGCACGGACUGGUCGAGGGUGAGCCCGCCGCCCUGUGGCUGGCACGCAUGGACAGCGACCAGGCCUUGAUCGAACGAGUCCUGAACCUGCAAAGCGAAGGCCACGACAGCGCCCAAUGA